AUGAAGACCGAUGCUGAGAUUGAUGCUGACACUCAUGCUGGUACUGAUGCCCAUGCCAAUGCUGAUUAUCAUACCGGUAUUGAUACUGAUGCUAAUACUCAUACUGAUGCGGAUGCUGACAUUGAUGUUGAUACUAAUGCUGUUACCCGUGCUGGUACCCAUGCUAGUACUGGUACUUAUGCCGAUACCGAUGCUGGUUCUGAGACAUUGACACGAACAUCAACAUCAACAUCAACACCAACACCAACACCAACACCAACACCAACAUCAACAUAA